CCCGUGUGAGUUUCCUCCAGAGCCCACCCUGCGGAUCAACAUGACUUUACCUCUGUACCUGUCCAAGGAGGAGUUUGUCUACAGGAUGUCUCCUAAAACAUGCAAACCCGCGCUGAACUCCUGCCUGAGGUUGCAGCGUUCCCUCUGCGUGGACCAGACGGAACCCGAGGACAAACAAGCCUCCAGGAAAGACUCGAGAAAAGCCAAGAAGCGGGUGACGUUUGCCGACCACCGAGGGUUGUCUUUGACCAAAGUGAAGACCUUCUCUCAGUUCGACGACCCCAUCGAUAUCCCUCUGAGCAUCCAGGAGAUGCUCAGCUCGGCUCUGUCUCUGAACGCCGAGGAGGACCAACUGGUGCUGGACUUCACUCAGCCCUCCUCGGACUACCUGCACUUCCGUCAGAGUCUGGAGAGGAACUACGUCUGCCUGGAGCACUGCGUGUUGAAGGAGAAGGCUCUGGCGGGAACCGUUAAGGUCAAAAACAUGUCCUUUGAGAAGUCCGUGACGCUGCGGUUGACGUUCGACGGCUGGAGGAGCCACAGGGACGUAGACUGUGAGUACGUGAAGGACUCGUAUCCCACCUCCUACAGCGACACCUUCUCCUUCAGCGCUUCUCUGCCGGAUCAUUUGGGGCCUCACGAGCGCGUGGAGUUCGCCGUCUGUUACACAGUCUGUGGACGGGAGCACUGGGACAGCAACCACGGGAGCAACUACCGGAUUGUCUGGUCCUCCGCCAAGAGGAGCCGGCAGAUCGCCAGCAGCCACCACACGGACUCCUUUGACUUUGGGAUUCAUUUUGACCGAUACGGCAGCCCCACCUGCUCACACGGGAUCUUCCCCGAUUGGCCGAGUUACGCCGGAUACGAGAACACGGGGCCGUACUACUGAACAGGAAGUACGAACGUUCAAGGUGUUUGAGUUGCAUCAGGGAAGAAGAGAUCCAUCUCACACUUUGACAACAGUUUGCUGCUCUGAAUGCAAAAUGUGGACGAACCAUAGAAUCCUUUUCUCUGUCCAAAGGGUACCUGAUUACCCGAGUUACUCGUGUUCUUGAUCAAUUGGACGUCAUUAGAGUCUAACUUUGCGUCUUCAGGAGUCUUUUUUUCUUUCUGGUGCAGACAUUCCGUUCACCGUGAUAUUAAACGUCUGAACCCGUGAAUUGAUUAUUGGAGUUAAUAUUCCGUCUUGGAGUGCGUCACCGUGAGCUGCUACAUCAGCUGAGACAAAGUCUGUCGGCCGGAUCGGAAUCAAAUGUGCAAUCCAUGUUAAUUAUUGCUGUAAUAAAGUGAGGUGUUUUUA